AUGGCGGCCACAUCCUUCAACUCGUUGCUACGUUCUUCGAAUUUCCUCGGUUCCCAGAUCAUAAUCUCAGCUCCAACACCAAAAACCACGACAAGACCAUCGAUUCCUGUCUCUGUCUUAUCCCAAAGGAAAUACAAGAUCUCUCGAUCGGAAAACUCUCCCAAAGUCAUGAAAUUGUUGCCAUCGCAAGCAGCUGCGUUAGCGACUCUGCUGUUUUCUUCAGCGUCUCCUCAGGCUUUAGCGAUUGACGAGCCACCUGCACCUGUCAUCACUGUUGAAUCUCAGGCAGUGAAUCCGUCUCCGUCGGCUUCGGCGUUUGCUCAGAAAGUACUGAUGACUGCGCCGAAUCCUCAGGGUCAGUCAUCACCGGACCUUCCAGAUGGAACUCAGUGGCGUUACAGCGAGUUCCUAAACGCUGUGAAGAAAGGUAAAGUUGAGAGAGUUAAAUUCAGUAAAGACGGGUCUGUUCUUCAGCUUACCGCCGUUGAUGGCCGUCGCGCGUCCGUCAUUGUACCUAACGAUCCUGACCUAAUCGACAUCCUGGCUAUGAACGGAGUCGAUAUAUCGGUUUCGGAAGGAGAAUCAGGAAACGGCUUGUUCGAUUUCAUCGGCAAUUUGCUUUUCCCUCUGCUUGCUUUUGGUGGAUUGUUCUACCUCUUCCGGGGAGGACAAGGCGGUCCCGGUGGUCCUGGAGGUCUCGGUGGUCCGAUGGAUUUCGGACGAUCGAAAUCCAAGUUCCAGGAAGUACCGGAAACUGGAGUAACAUUUGGAGAUGUCGCAGGAGCGGAUCAAGCUAAGCUUGAGUUACAGGAAGUUGUUGAUUUCUUGAAGAAUCCAGAUAAGUACACAGCUUUAGGUGCAAAGAUCCCUAAAGGGUGUUUGCUGGUUGGUCCUCCGGGGACGGGGAAGACGCUUUUGGCCAGAGCUGUGGCUGGAGAAGCAGGAGUGCCUUUCUUCUCGUGCGCUGCGUCGGAGUUUGUGGAGCUUUUCGUUGGUGUUGGUGCGUCUAGGGUUAGGGAUUUGUUUGAGAAGGCGAAAUCGAAAGCACCUUGCAUUGUUUUCAUUGAUGAGAUUGAUGCUGUGGGUAGGCAGAGAGGAGCUGGUAUGGGAGGUGGAAAUGAUGAGAGAGAACAGACGAUUAAUCAGCUCUUGACUGAGAUGGAUGGAUUUUCUGGUAAUUCCGGUGUCAUUGUUUUGGCAGCCACCAAUAGACCGGAUGUUCUCGACUCGGCGCUUUUGAGACCGGGGAGAUUUGAUAGGCAAGUGACUGUGGAUAGGCCUGAUGUAGCUGGCAGAGUCAAAAUCCUUCAGGUGCAUUCUAGAGGGAAGGCAAUUGGUAAGGAUGUGGAUUAUGAGAAGAUUGCGAGGAGAACUCCGGGUUUCACGGGUGCGGAUUUACAGAACCUGAUGAAUGAAGCAGCCAUUCUUGCUGCUAGACGUGAGCUUAAGGAGAUAAGCAAGGACGAAAUAUCUGAUGCUCUUGAAAGGAUCAUUGCUGGUCCUGAGAAGAAGAACGCCGUUGUCUCUGAUGAGAAGAAAAGACUCGUUGCUUAUCAUGAGGCUGGACAUGCUUUAGUUGGUGCACUGAUGCCGGAAUAUGAUCCUGUGGCUAAGAUAUCGAUCAUUCCCCGUGGCCAAGCUGGUGGGCUCACCUUUUUUGCCCCUAGCGAAGAGAGACUUGAGUCUGGAUUGUACAGCAGAAGCUACCUUGAGAAUCAAAUGGCUGUUGCUCUUGGUGGAAGGGUUGCAGAGGAAGUGAUAUUUGGAGACGAGAAUGUGACGACUGGAGCAUCAAACGAUUUCAUGCAGGUAUCGCGGGUGGCUCGCCAAAUGGUUGAGAGAUUCGGAUUCAGCAAAAAGAUUGGGCAAGUUGCAGUUGGUGGAGCAGGAGGAAACCCUUUCUUGGGUCAACAAAUGUCAUCGCAGAAAGAUUACUCAAUGGCAACAGCCGAUAUAGUGGAUGCCGAGGUGAGAGAGCUGGUGGAGAAAGCAUAUGCGAGGGCUAAGCAGAUCAUUACAACUCAAAUUGAUAUCCUCCACAAGCUUGCACAGCUCUUGAUUGAGAAAGAAACUGUGGAUGGAGAAGAGUUCAUGAGCCUUUUCAUUGACGGACAAGCUGAGUUGUAUGUUUCUUAA